AUGGCCAUGCCGGAGCAGUUUGCAGCUGCGUCCUCAGCACAGAAAGCAUCAAAGGAGCUUAAGAAGGUGGUCACUGCAGUCAAGGACACAAGCAGCACUAGCACCAGUAGCGACAGCGACAAGUUAGACGGGGACUGUACAAAGCCAUUAGACGCAUCGCGUCGCUCCCUGCGCGCCGACUCAUUGGGUGUGGACCGCAGUUCGCGUCCGCACUUUAAAGAAGGCAUAAGAUUAGCCGAAAUGGGCAAGUGGACUACGCUCAUCGAACGAGUGGCGUCCGAGCCGCAGCUUGCACGACACAAGGACCAUCACGGCAUGCUGCCGCUACACUGGGCUUGUACAGAGAACGACACUCCGCCAGGGGUGGUGCGGGCGCUUCUCGCUGCGUUCCCCGAAGCAGUGGUCACCAAGAACAAUGCGCAGUACUUGCCAAUUCAGAUUGCAGUCAAGGCAUGCGCCCCCUUGGAAACGCUGAGGUUGCUGGUGGAUGCACGACCCAGUUCGUUAAUGGAGGAGACACCCGCCGGUAAGACGGUCAUUCAGCUUGCCAAGGAGAUGCAGCUACCGCAGGGAAGCCUGGAGAUGCUUCAGCGCGCAGAACAGGAAUAUAUGGAUCUCAGUGAGGACGACGACGACGCCUUUGAAUAUGAAGACGUCAAGCGUGAUAUUGAAAUGCAGAGCCAGUUGCUGCGCCAGAGCAUGCUGAACCCACCAUCGAUGAAUGGCCCGAAUGCAUCGUUGCCGCAGUCGAGCCCGAUCGGAGCUUCUUUUGACCUGGGGGCAUCGCAAAAUCCUUUUGAAAAUAGCCAGAACAUGGUGACGACACUUAGCUUUGUAGAUGGGGCACUUGUGCAGUCACACUCGAAUGUGUCCAAGUCAAUAUCGCUCCUGCGGAAGACUGAAAGCGCUCCGCAGGUAAUGGUGACAGACACGUUGUCCCCGCCUCCGACAUCAGUGGCCACGCUGACGCGUGGCGCCCCCCCACAGGGUCCUGCGCGGACUAAGAGCACUUGCGAGAUUUCAGAAUCUCCUGCUCCUGCGACUGCUGAUGAUGCUGCUUAUGAGCGGCCGAUUUAUGAGCCCGAGCACAACGCUGGCGUAUGCGGCGUAUGCUACAGAAAGUUUUCCAUGUUCCGCAAGAAGUAUCAGUGCAAGGGGUGCUUCGUAUAUUUGUGCAAGAAGCACGUGGCUGGCAGAAUCAUCUUGCCGAACUUCGUGAAAAAGCGUUCUGCGUGCGGCGACUGCUACCGAAUCCACCGCAAUGGGCCAAUGUUGUCGAACACUACGCCGACUGUUGGCGUUGUCGGUGUUCGAUCCACACGCGCGUCGGGAAGCCACAUUUCUGGCACCGGUCCGCCGAUUGACAAGAAAGGUCCUAAUUUACGCUGCAUGGGUUCGACGUCGGCUCCAUCGACGGUAUCUGCAUCUUCUACAAUUCCUGAAGCAAUGGACACGAUUAGCAAUAGUAGCUUGCCAUCAAGUACUACCCGCCCCAGUAAUUUGCUCGGAUCUCGACUGAACAGUACCCGUACGACGCGUGCUGGGUCUACACAUUCGACGGUGGGCCGGCCUUCGAAUCUUCUUGGUCCACAGAUGAACCUGCGGUAUAGCACCAACACGAUUGGAGCGCGACCUAAUCGGAUACUGAGCGGGGGCCGACAACCCGAUAAUAACACUGCAAGUAGCGACACGGUGAUGAGUCUUACGGAAAGUGACCACCACGCCAUUGAUGUGAGCGUUCUGCAGUACCGUGUGGCUACGUUGGAGGAGUGCAACAAGAUCCUUAUGACUCGUGUGGCAGACCAAGAGAGGCAGUAUAAUGAGGCCAUGUUGCUGCUUACUACGACUAUGACGCGCGUGGCCGAGAUGGAGAUUCGUUUGCCAACGGAGCAGCGCAAGUCGUACCGAGGAACGGGCGGUUCCACGACUGCCUCGGAGAGGGCAUCCGAGCUGGACAACAACGACAAAUUUUCCUUUCCGACGCCGUUCGUGGAGAAGUACGAUUGA